AUGUUGUCAAAGCAGUGGAACGCAAACAAACAGAUCUCAAAGCAGAUCUGCCAUCUUUAUAGAGGACUGGCCAAUAAAACCUCCACCGUCAGUUUGGAGGAGGCUAAACCCUAUGCUGAUAUUCCGGGACCAACAAAAAUGCAAUUAAUACGAGCUUUUCUGCCCGGCGGUCGCUAUAAGAAUUUACCGGUUCACGAAAUGUUUCUCGACUUGAAUCGUCAAUAUGGCAAUAUUUUUCGAAUGCCCAGUGUGGCUGGAACCGAUAUGGUACUCACCAUGAAUCCCGAGGACUACGAAAUUGUCUUCAGGAAUGAAGGUCAGUAUCCCUACAGAAGGAGUUUCGAGGUGAUGGACUAUUUCAAGAGGGUUCACAGGCGGGAAAUAUUCGAUGGUUCUGAUGGCUUGACAUCGGGAAAUGGUCCUGCCUGGGGAAAUAUGCGAUCUGCUGUCAACCCAAUUCUUUUACAACCCCGUAACGCCAAACUUUAUAUGAAGAAUUUGCUGCAAGUCAGUGAUGAGUUUCUUGAACGUAUCCGAUUGAUUCGAGAUCCUGUUACCCAAGAAAUGCCAGAUGACUUUGUCGUGGACAUUCGUCAUUUGGUGAUCGAAUCGAUUUGCUCGGUUGCCCUGAAUACACAUAUUGGUUUAUUAGGAGAGCAGCGAGAAAAUAAGGAAAUUCAAAAGGUGGUUCUGGCUUUGCAGGAUGUGGUGGAAUUGGGUUUCCAAUUGGAUAUGAUGCCGCCGUUUUGGAAGUAUUUGCCAAUGCCAAAUUUUAGGAAACUAAUGCGUUCUUUGGAUACCAUCACGGAUUUCUGUUAUUUCCACAUUGAAAACGCUCUGAAGCGGAUCGAAGAGGAUGCCAAAGCUGGAAAACUUACAGAGAUUGGUUUGGAAACCAGUCUGCUGGAGAAAUUGGCCCGAUUUGAUCGACAAACAGCUGUGAUUAUAGCCAUGGAUUUAUUGUUCGCAGGAGCGGAUCCGACUCUUGUAAGUCUUGGUGGCAUUCUACUGAGUCUAUCCAAAAAUCCAGACAAACAAGCUAAACUUCUGGGGGAAAUCAGGGGAAUAUUACCACACAAGGACUCGCCGUUGACCAUGGAAAACAUGAGCAGUAUGCCAUACUUAAGAGCCUGCAUUAAGGAGGGAAUUCGCUUGUAUCCAAUAGGACCUGGAACUCUUCGUAGAAUGCCACACGAUGUGGUGCUCAGUGGAUAUCGAGUUGUGGCUGGCACGGAUGUGGGCAAUGCUGCCAAUUACCAGAUGGCAAACAUGGAGGAAUUUGUUCCGAAGGUUCGGGAGUUUAUUCCUGAACGUUGGUUGCGCGAUGAAUCCAAUUCAAAUUCCCAUUUGGUGGGAGAUACAGCUACUCCCUUCAUGUAUUUGCCCUUUGGUUUUGGACCAAGAUCCUGUGCUGGCAAGAGGAUUGUGGAUAUGAUGCUAGAGAUAGCAAUUGCUAGAUUGGUGAGGAACUUCCAGAUCGGUUUCGAUUAUCCCAUCGAAAAUGCCUUUAAGGCCAAGUUCUUUGUGCAACCAAAAAUUCCCUUUAAGUUCAAGUUUGUGGAGCGCAGCGGGUGAAGUUAAUGUAUGUUUAUAGAUGCACUCAGGAAAAAUGAUAUUUAAAUAAAUUUGUAUUGUCUCACAUGUUGUAAUAAAGAUACGUAAAAAAUU